AUGGAACCUGGAUACAAUGGUGGUUCUCAACCGAUCACGUCCUACAGUACAGGGAGGUUUACAACGGAGGAGGAUGCACUGCUCGUUCAAUUAUACGAUAAAUUCAUAAAUGACCACAGGCACAACAUCUUUGCCAUAAUCGAACCGAAAAUGCGCAGAAACUCAAAAUCGUUGAGAGAACGCUACUGCAAUCAUCUUGCUCCCGACAUCGAUCACAGCGAGCUACGCGACGAGGAAAAGGCUUUCAUCGACGAGCAAGAGAAAAAAUAUGCAGCAACUUCGUCCACGCCAUUUUCGGAAAUUGCCAAGAGUCUAAGUGCCAAGAAUAAAAAUGGCCUUCGCC